AUGGUUCAUGACUCAGCAUCUGAGGACUUUGUCAAAAUGGUCCUUGACUCAGCAUCUGAGCACUAUGCUAAUAACAUAGCCCUCACUGUUAUUCUGCAACAAAAAAGCAUGUCAAAAAGAGAGCCCAGCGCAGACCUGGUGGCUGUCCGUGUUCCAAUAAAUGGCAUGACAUGCCAGUCCUGUGUCAGCAGCAUCGAAGGCUCCGUCAAAGAUCUGCCUGGAGUGCAGGACGUUAAGGUGGAACUAUCAGAGAACGCGGGCUACUUUCGAUAUGAACCGCGUCUCUGUUCGACGGAGGCGAUCAGGUCGCAUAUAGAGGAUAUGGGGUUCGAGGUGCCUGCAGACACAACAGAAGACGAGACCAGAAAACUCCUACCGAAAGAAAUACCAACAGAAGUUUUAAUAGACAUGGCGACCGCUAGCGACGAGAGCGAAGUGCAAUUAUCCGUCAAAGGAAUGACGUGUCAGUCAUGCGUCAAUACUAUUGAAGGAGCCCUAAAAGAAACGCCCGGCGUGAUUCGAGCAUCGGUAAGCCUGACCGAUGAGGAGGCGCGCAUAAGGCAUUGGCGCACGGUCGUCACGCCCCAACAAUUGGCGGAUGCCGUCUACGAAUUGGGUUUUGACGUUAGUGUAGUAGCUACAGAUGGGGAGACGGCACCUGACUCGUCGCGGAGUAGGAGCGAGGAGGGGUCCGGCGACGGGAUCAAACCUGCAACACCUGUGAAGAGUAAAACUCAAGCCAAUGGAACAUUGUCGGUACAGAUGGAAGAGUUAUCACGUUGCACGUUAGAAGUCCGAGGAAUGACUUGCGCGUCAUGUGUGGCAGCCAUUGAGAAACACUGUUCCAAAUUAUAUGGUGUCCAUUCCAUAGUGAUUGCGCUUCUAGCAGCAAAAGCCGAAGUACGGUACGAGGCUCGGAAGAUAUCGGCUGCAGACAUAGCAGCGUCGAUCACUGAACUUGGUUUCCCUGCAGAAGUACUAAGCGACUGUGACGGCGCUGGCCAUAGGGAGAUACAAUUAUUGAUAAAAGGCAUGACGUGCGCGUCAUGUGUGAACAAAAUCGAAAAAAGUGUACUUAAACUAACAGGAGUUGUGUUUUGUUCAGUAGCACUUACAACUUCCAAAGCAAAAAUAAAAUACAACACAGAACAAAUUGGUCCACGUACUAUAUGUGAUGCAAUCAAUAACUUAGGUUUUGAGGCCACAGUAAUGGGUCCACAUAACAGAGGGACAACUAACUAUUUAGAACAUAAAGAAGAAAUAAAAAAAUGGCGAACAGCGUUUCUAAUAUCCCUAAUAUUCGGCGGGCCGUGCAUGAUAGCCAUGGCGUACUUCAUGGCUAUGAUGUCAGACGGUCACAGCGCGAAGGAUAUGUGCUGUGUACUUCCCGGACUUAGUUUAGAGAAUCUUGUCAUGUUUCUACUUGCCACUCCUGUACAGUUUGUCGGUGGAUGGCAUUUCUAUAAACAAGCUUACAAGGCGCUCAAACACGGUACUUCCAAUAUGGACGUGCUUAUCUCUAUGACGACUACAAUAAGUUACGCGUAUUCACUGGCUGUGGUUAUAGCAUCAAUGGCGCUUCAAAAGGACACCAGCCCUAUGACGUUUUUUGACACCCCACCUAUGCUUCUUGUUUUCGUUUCACUUGGCAGGUGGCUGGAACAUAUUGCCAAGGGAAAAACCUCCGAAGCAUUAUCAAAACUGCUAUCUCUGAAAGCAACGGAGGCAGUGUUAGUUACGUUGGGACCUGAUGGCAAUAUUAUCGCUGAGAAGAAUAUACCGGUUGACUUGGUUGAGAGAGAUGAUGUGCUCAAGGUUGUACCGGGCGCGAAAAUCCCAGUUGACGGGAAAGUGAUCUCGGGACAGACAACUUGUGACGAAUCGCUUAUUACAGGAGAGUCUAUGCCUGUGCCCAAGACUAAAGAUUCUUUAGUAAUAGGGGGCAGUAUAAACCAGCACGGUGCCCUGUUGAUGCGGGCGACGCAUACCGGUGAGGCCAGCACGUUGGCACAAAUUGUGCGACUGGUUGAAGAAGCGCAGAGCUCAAAAGCGCCUGUUCAACGGCUGGCUGACAAAAUUGCUGGGUACUUUGUUCCUCUGGUGGUGUUCCUUUCUCUCCUCACGUUGGUUGCAUGGAUCAUCACUGGAGCAAUUGAUAUAGAUAAGAUUAAGAGAAUCACACCGGAAAUCUACCUCCACUCAGAUUUUACCAAAUGGGAGUUAAUAGUUCAAACUGCAUUCCAUUUCGCACUGUCUGUGCUAGCGAUUGCGUGUCCGUGCGCGUUGGGGUUGGCGACUCCCACCGCGGUCAUGGUGGCCACUGGCAGGGGUGCCAGGUUGGGGUUGCUCGUCAAAGGGGCUGAGCCACUGGAGAACGCUCAUAAGGUGCAGACGGUGAUCUUCGACAAGACGGGCACGAUCACGCAGGGGCGCGCCAGCGUCGCGCGCGUGUCGCUGCUGACGGGCGAGCCGCGCGCGCUGCCCGACGUGCUGGCCUGCCUGCUGACGGCCGAGCUGAACUCGGAGCACCCCGUGGCCUCCGCCAUCGUGCGCUGGUGCAGCGCGGUGCUGGGCGGCGACAGCGGGCUGAAGUGCGCGAGCUUCGCGGCGGCGCCGGGCUGCGGUCCCGAGCUUCCGAACCCCAAGGCCCCGCCGUCUCGACCGCGACCGGUGGGAAUAAAUAAAGUAUACGCAGAAGUACUACCCUCUCACAAAGUGGCCAAAAUACAGAAAUUGCAGGAACAGGGACUCAAAGUUGCCAUGGUCGGCGACGGCGUCAACGACUCGCCGGCGCUGGCGCAGGCAGACGUCGGCAUCGCCAUCGCCAGCGGGACCGACGUCGCUGUAGAAGCCGCCGAUUUAGUACUCAUGAGGAACGAUCUCCUAGACGUAGUAGCGUGCCUAGAAUUGUCACGAACGACGGUUCGAAGAGUACGACUCAACUUUUUGUUCGCGUCCGUCUAUAACAUAUUGGGUAUACCAUUGGCCAGUGGGGCGUUCGCAGCUUAUGGGCUGCAGUUGCAGCCGUGGAUGGCGUCAGCAGCGAUGGCGAUGAGCUCCGUCUCUGUUGUUUGUUCCAGUUUGUUACUUAAGACCUUCAAGAAACCAACAGCGGAGCAACUGCGCACUCCAGAGUAUCUCCAAUCAGUACAUUUGGAAGACCUGGACUCGGUUUCAGUACACAGAGGUCUGGAUGAACGAAUCGAGCCGAACGACAGAGGAGCCUCACCGCUUGCCAAAUUUUUCAACCGAAGCAAGUCAAAUGAAGGUUGCCUUCUCCAAGAGGACGAAGACAUGAUGACCGUCUCGUUCAUACCGAAACGCCCAACCAGAGAAGAACCCAGUUUGAACGGUUAAGUGUACUAAAAUAGGGCUCUAGUUACGCUGAAAAUCCAGUUUUAGAAGACAUCGGUUUGCAUUUUUGAAAAUGUACCACGCCGAAGCUCAAGUAAUUCUUGUUAUAUAUAUCGUAUCUUAUAAUUCAAAUACCAAAAAUAGAAGAACCCAGAGUAAAUGGACUGUUUUAAUGUUCUCUUUGUAUUAGACACUCGUUGAUAAUGGGAAAAAUCAAACGGUCAUGGAGUUUAUCAGAAAUGUAAUUCUUAUUAUGUUGAAUAAAUCCAUUACGAACACACGGGUACCGUAACAAAGAAAGUGUAGAUUCGAUGUGGCCGGUUGAUACCUUCAAAAGUAUGUUAUCACAUUUUUAAUAUUGAAUUUGAUUCUUUAUAUGUCAAAUUCCAUUUUGACGUAUUUGUAUGGUUACCAAAUGUAUAAAACAAUAUUUUUUUACAUUUUUUGUUUAAUGUACAAAACAUUUUAUAUGGACUUAUAUAGUGAUAUCUCGAUGUGAUAGAAAAUAGAAAAUUACGAAUUUGUAUGGAGAAACAGUACAUUAAUAAAAAAGCACCCCCUAUUUUUGUCUCAAAAAUCUUUUUCAUACAACUCGGUUAUGUUAACAAUGGUACCUUUAUUAACAAAAUAUAAUGAUAAUCUAUGACGUCUCAAUUUUCUUCUAUGUAAUCAUUCUAUAUUUUGUACGAUAUGCGGUCCGAAACAAUAGUUUCGCUCAAAAGUUACAUACAUUUGUACAAAACAUUGUAUGAUGUUUCAUACAAAAAUGUAUGGAAGAUAAAGCUCGAUUACUAACUAAUUGUACACUAAGUUACCAGUAUUUUAUAGAAAAUAUAAUUAUGAAUUAGGAGCUUCCAUACAAUCUGUAUGAUUUUUAUGAUUUGUAUUAAAAAAUCCUUAUGGUUGCUAUGCUAUGUCUGGUAUAGGAUGAUUUCAGCUGACGUAUAACUAAACAAAAACAGAUAAACGGCGCAGAUCGUCUAAUUAUGGACGUGUAUUAAAUAAAAAUCUAUAUCCAAAGACUUUGUACAUAGGAUGGCGUUUUAGAUUUUUUAUAGAUAAUACAGGGUACAAUUCAAAUCAAUAAAAUCACCUUGUCGACCACGAUCUCUUCGAAAGCAUUGAUGCCAAGACGUUGUAGUGCCGUCCUUUUCUAAUUUAUAAAUCUUAAAAUCUCAAUAUGGUAAUGGUGGGUGUACUUACAAACAACUGUGACUACAGGAAACAAAAAAUGCGUUUUUUUUAAAAUGAGGCUAUGAAUGCAAAAGUGGUGUAACUCCAUGAAAUACAUAUAGGAGAUGAAUUUAAAUAAAUGAGGUAUUUAAAUUAACCACAUUCAUAUUAUAUAUAGUAAUUAUAUAUGAUCAAUAUAUAACUUUGUAUACAUGAAAAUAGCAUCUAAAUAGAACUGCUUGAGUUCUUACCAAGA